ACAACACGACAUACGUCACUAUCUAGCUGUUUGACAAGUGGCGCACACCAGAUCAAGUGUUGAAAGUGAGCCCAAGACGUCGAAAAAUCUAUGAUAUGAACGGCACAGUAUGGAUGAAUAGUUUCCUUACAACUAAUUUGUGAUCAUAUGAACGACCAACUUUUUGAGUGUACUUGAAAGAUCAAGUAUAAUCACCAAAAUAUCAGACUUUGUAUACUAUCGUGUUUAGUUCAGUCAAACGAUAAUAUCGACAGCAUGGAUCUUCUUCUUUCCCUUCCGAUCGUCUCGUAUUUCGGUGGACCCGUGUUUACCUCGUGGUCGGGUUCAAUGAACCUUCUCUUCUUCUACAUGACAUGGACGACUCUUGUUCUAUCGCAUUCACCAUUGAAGAUAGAGUUAGUCGGUACGUUGGCUGUACGCAUAGUUUUCUGGCUAGUUCCGUCGCUAUUCUUCCUCAUAUUUGACACACUACUUCCGAGCCUUGCGGAGUCUAUCAAGCUCUACGGUUCUGCAUCGCUUCCUCGGCGGAAUGCCGCCUCCCUGUUCCGGCAAGUCCUCCUCGCCCUCUUCAACCUAGCGCUUAGCACUGCCGUGCAGGCGGGGAUCUCCAUAGGUGCGGGAUCCCUAUUACGCCACCCACUCUUUAAGACGAGCACGAGGCUGCCAUUGCCAUGGCAGAUUGUGAAGCAUAUUUGGCUGCUGUAUACCGCCCGCGAAGUCUUAACAUACUACAUCAGCCGAUAUAUCCUACACUCCCGCGGUGGAAUAGCCAAGUUGCACAAGUCAUACGCGCACUCCCGCAAGGGUGCGGCUCCGUAUGCGCUCAUGCUAUACACAGAUCACCCAUUACCGUUACUCCUCCACCGCACCCUGCCCGUAUAUCUGCCUGCCUUGGUCAUACAGCCACAUCUACUCACCUAUUUCUUAUUCACAAUCCUAACAACAUUGGAGGAGAUGCUGUCCAUGUCCGGCUACAGCAUGGUGCCAGGGAUCGUAAUGGGUGGGAUCGCCAAGCGCACGGCGACUCACUAUGCCAGCGGAGGACGUGGAAAUUUUGGUGCUUGGGGUCUGCUCGACUGGGUUGGCGGCACAAGCGUAGGGAAGGAUGUUGUUGAGGAUAUUAGUGACGAGGCCGAGAAGCACCAGGUUAAGGAACGGUCGCAAAAGGCAGCGAGCGACACGGGUAGCCUGAUACAGGACAGCAUUGACGGGCUCAAGAAAGUUCGCAAAACCCGCAAAAGGACUUCAGAUUAAGGAUGUCAUAUUUCAGACCUUGAGAACCAAACAUAGAGGGGAAAUGAUUGACCUAUGGACGAUCUCUAAAUAUGAAGCAAUCUAGGAUUGGGCUUCUUGGAGUUUGGCGUCUAGGGCGGUAUAACUAGGAGAAGUACAUCCACGAAAACACGGGUAUGAGAUAUACGAUGAUAAAUGAAUAUACGAAAAUUUAAGGACCACUAGAACAGUGC